AUGGCAAGCAAAAAUUACAGAUUGGAUCCAAUCUUUCAAUUGUAUGAUCCGAUUCAAUAUUCGUUCAACAAGAAGAAAGAAGAUUAUGUAAUCAUCUCACCAUCGGUAGGGACAAAGACCCAAAUAAACGACGGAGGAAGAGUUACCUUUGAAAUUAAUUCGUUGACCAAUUGGUUGCUGCUUUCCGAUGUCCAUUUCCGAUGCGAUUUCAAAAUCAAAGACGCCACUCAGAAUCGAAUUCCACAAACCAACACGACUUUAGAAAACAACUUCUUUCCGUCUUUAUUCAGCGAAAUGGUUUUGGAAGCUGGUUCAAAUCCGAUAGAGACCAUAAAACACCCCGGCGAGUUUGACACAAUGUUGAAAACGGUUAUGUAUCCCAAAAACUACGAUUCAGUUUCGGGAUGGAUUGCCGAUGUCGGUGACGGAGAAGUUUUAAAAGAACCGGUCAGAACUGUAGCUAAUCACGUAGACCUUGCUAGGAUAAGGGUAGUUGCUAGAAACACACUGGAAAGAGUGACUCGCGGAGUAAAUCACGGAUUUGAAAAACGAGCGCUUCAAUACAACAAUGUUGUCGAGAACAACAGAUGGGGUAAUUACGUAAAUUGGAAGUUGUAUCCUUUAUUUGGUCUCUUGGAACACAGAAAGGUUUCCAUAGGUUUACCGUAUAAUAUUCAUUUGCAAAGAGAAAUCAACGACAACAAGAUAUUCUUUGGUGAAAACAACUCAAAACGACGCAAAAUUGGAAAUAACGAAUAUCCAACUUUACAUACCGGUAAUCACUCCUUCCGUAGAAGUGGAAACGAGAAUAUUCAACUCUUUAACCAAAGACAUCGAAAUUGCUUUUCUUCGUCGUAA